CAGCUCUUAGCUUUUUUACUCUUUACUACCAUUUACUACCGGUACCGAAGCGUCUUGUUUUAGUUUCAUACUUUUAUUUCAAUAACAUAUUAACUAAACUCAUUUAAUAAUUUAAAAUGUCGAAGGCUCACCCUCCAGAAUUAAAGAAGUUCAUGGACAAAAAGUUGUCUAUAAAGUUAAACGCAGGCCGAGCAGUGACUGGUGUCCUUCGAGGAUUCGAUCCAUUCAUGAACCUGGUUUUAGACGAGUCCGUAGAAGAAUGUAAGGAUGGACAAAGGAAUAAUAUUGGAAUGGUUGUCAUCAGAGGGAACAGCAUCAUAAUGUUAGAAUCACUAGAUAGAAUAUAGUGCUAAUAUAAUUCCAAUUAAUUAAGUUAGUAUAAGUUAUUCAACUCAUAACUAAAGUCACUGUUUAAUAGUACAUGCCCAUUGGCCUGCGCC